CCUGCAGGCCUGUACCAAGCCCACUCUCACGGGCGGCAGCCAACUUGGCAAUCCCGGAUGGUCCCGGGAGAAGCGUCUUCCCGGGGAGCCCACUGCCGGGGCGCCAAGCGUCGCGCGGCGGUUCACUCCGCAAACAUCGGGGAACCUGUUGCCCAGAACUGUAGAAGCGCGGGGACGGGCGAGGGAGGAGCUGGGCACGCGCUGCGGGGAUUCCCGGGAAGUGUCGCGCAGAGCCGUAAAGGCUGUGGUUCCGACGAGCGAGACGCCGGGUUCAGGCACACAUUCCUUUGCCUCGUCGCGCAGCGCCGUGAAAGCGGCGGGAGGACGAGGGAAGCGCUCAGCUCCGGAGCUGGGACUCGGGAAGAGUCGCGUAGCUUCAUUCUCAUGACGAUCCUUCACGCUUGCAGUGGCGGUUCUUCCCGAGAGCAGCAGUCAAACCCAGUUUGCAGCUUUUCCAACACAUGCAGAAACAGGCAACUGCAACAGUCUCUUAACCCUACCCUGACUUCACUUCCCUGCCUUCUCCAAAUCUUUCUUGAUACUACACUCAGAGUGAUCACUCUAAAAUAAAAUAUACAUGUCAUCCUGUGAUACCUGCAGAAGACGGCAGAAACUGAGCUACAAAUUCUGAACCUCAUUCCUGUGCAUGUAAUCCUUUUGCAAUGUGACUGUGCUGUGUAUGCCAACAGAAAGUGGAGUCUAUUUCUCCAUAUCCCUGGAUCUGGGCUGGCUUUACAACUUGCUCUGACCAACAGAUGUCAGGUGAAGGGACAACAUGGACGUCUGAACCUAGCCUCCAGAGGCCUUCAAGACCACAUGAAAACACCUUCUAGACACAAGAGGAUGAAAGCAUAUAAAGUCCUCCCUACUAAGGCCACCUAGGCCAACCAGUGAACAGCUAUUACCAACUGCCUGACAGAGGAUCAAGGCCGUCUUAAAUCCAACAACUCCAUCAAGCUUGCAGAUGACUACAGAAGCACAAGUAACUCCAAACAAAUCCAGUGAAGAACCCCAAGCUGAGCUAGCCCAAACAACUGUUAUUAAUGGUUGCUGUUUUAAGGCCACUAAAUUUGGCUUUAUGUAGCAAUCCUUAAGUGAUAAAGUCCCCUCCUCUGCCCUCAUGUUUAAGUUUAAACUCUUAAAACUGUCUUGAGAUCCCUUUUGCAGUUCUCUAAUCUCAUCCCUCAGCCCACACAUACUUGAAAAUCAACACAGGGAAACUUCUCUAAAGUGGAGCCAAAAGGCCCUCGCUCCAGGGUGUGAACUCGUGAUUUUCCUAGCAUACUGAAGUUAGCUUGUAGGUGAAUAAAAGGCAUGGUCCCCAGUAUUGUGUUUAAAAGACUGUCUGUAUACUACCCAUCAUAGGAAAUAUUAAACACUGAAUGGGGGGGGCGCAGGUGGAGGGAAAGGGAGAGAGACCCUGAGAUGAUAAUCUGAGCUGAAACUAACAGUCAGAUGCUCCACCAACUGAACCACCCAGUCACCUCUAUUUUAAAACAACUUAAAACCUACAGAAAAGUUGCAAAACCAGCACAGGGUUCUGGUAUAUCCUUCGCCAAACUUCCUCAAAUAUUAAUGUCUUUGAUAACUAUGGUACUAUUACCCAAACUUAGAAAUUAACAUUGCUAUACUACUUAAGCUAAUUUAUAUGUGUUAUAUGAAUGUCACCAUUUUCCCCACUAACGUUUUCUUUUUCCUGAUUUAGGAUCUAACCCAGGAUUUAGCACUGCAUUUUGUUCUCAUGUUUUCUUGGAUUAUUCCAAUCUGAGAUAGCUACUAAGGCUUUUAUUUUUUACUUUCGUGAUCUUUACACUUUUGAGAACCACUGAUAUAUUCUUUACCAGUCAUUUUGUAGAAUGCCCUUCAAUUUGAAUUUGUUUAAUACUCUCAUUAUUAGAUUGAGGAUAUGCAUUUUUUUAAUUUUUUCUUCAGCUAUAAUUCACAUUCCAUUACAUUAGCCGUUUUCAAGUGUACAGGUCAAUGUUUCUUGGUAUAUUCACAGGUUGUAAAAUUACCACCAUUAUCUAGUUCUGGAAUAUUUUCAUUACCCCAAAAAGAAACCUAAUAUCCAUCAGCAGUCACUCCCCAUUCUCUCCUCACCCCAUUUCGCAUUUCGUAGCAAUGAUUAAUGUACUCUAUCUCUAUGGAUUUGUGUAUUCUGGAGUCAUAUUAAAUGGAAUUCACAAAUUGAAUCAUAUAAUAUGUUGCCUACUGUGCCUUGCUUCCUCCAUUUAGCAUGUUUUCAAGAAUCAUCCAUGUUCAUCAUUCAAUUUUUUUAAGAUUU